GCAGCGUACGUGCUGACGCCAUCCCGCAGGCCCCGCCCCGUCCCAAGAUGGCGGAUCUGGACCUGCUCGGGUCCAUCCUCAGCUCCAUGGAGAGGCCUCCGGCGGCGGCGGAUGCGGAAGCCAGGAGGAGGGCAAAGGAGGAAGCCGCUCGCAUGAAGAAGCUGCAGGAACAGGACAAGAGGCAGAAAGUGGAGUUCAGGAAGAGGAUGGAGCAGGAGGUGUCCCAGUUCAUCCAGGCCACUGGGGAGCCCAGACGCAGGUUCCAGCCUAUGAGCAAGAUAGAGAGGAGCAUCUUGCACGACGUGGCAGAGGUCGCAGGUCUCACGUCCUUCUCCUUCGGGGACGAUGAGGAGAACAGAUACGUCAUGGUGUUCAAGAAGGAGUUCGCCCCCUCGGACGAGGAGCUCGAGGCCUACAGGAGGGGGGAGGAGUGGGACCCGGCACGGGCUGAGGAGAGGAGGAGACUGAGGGAGCUCGCGGCCCAGCAGGAGGAGGAGGAGCCUGACCUUGGCCCCGCCCCCCCGGGCCCCCCCAGCGACUACAAGGACAAAUACAGGCACCUGAUUGGCUGCGAGGCUGCCAAAGCCGCCGCCCGCACCAUGGAGGCCAAUAAGGCUUAUGGAUGUGUGCCCGUGGCCAACAAGAGGGACACUCGCUCCAUUGAGGAAGCCAUGAACGAGAUCAGGGCCAAGAAGAGGCUGCGGAGGGGGGAG